CCCUCAGCCCCGAGCCCAUUCCGGCCGGCGAUGGACAGACCUUCUACCCAAUAGCACGUCCGAUGUUUGUCGUUGGGUCCCGCCCCCGUGGCAGCCGAACCAAUGAGCAAGCCAGGUCUCGGCAGGGUGGUGGGGGUUGCACUGCGGUAAUAUGGCUCUUCCUUAGCCAGCGGCGGUGGCGGCCGGAGGUUGGGUACAGCAGUCCUGCCUCUCGGGUGGCGGGUUUCUGGGCUGCAGGGGCUCGGCGGGUCGAGGCUAGGCGGUGGUGGCGGAUGCCGGAGGAACGCGGGCCCCGCCGCUUGGCGGCCCCUGGGUCAAGAUGAGCGCCUCAGCGUCGGUCGGGGGCCCGGUUCCCCCGCCGCCCCCGGGCCCGGCCGCCUCGCUGCCACCCGGUUCUGCCGCGCGGGCCCUGCAUGUGGAGCUACCCUCUCAGCAGCGACGUCUUAGACACCUUCGAAACAUUGCUGCCCGGAACAUUGUUAAUAGAAAUGGCCAUCAGCUCCUUGAUACCUACUUCACGCUUCACUUGUGUAAUACUGAAAAGAUAUAUAAAGAAUUUUAUAGAAGUGAAGUGAUUAAGAAUUCCUUGAAUCCAACAUGGCGGAGUCUCGAUUUUGGAAUAAUGCCAGACCGUCUUGAUACAUCUGUGUCUUGUUUUGUGGUGAAGAUAUGGGGUGGAAAGGAGGACAUCUACCAGCUUUUGAUUGAAUGGAAAGUCUGUUUGGAUGGGCUGAAAUACUUGGGUCAGCAGAUACAUGCCCGCAACCAAAAUGAAAUAAUUUUUGGGCUGAAUGAUGGCUACUAUGGUGCUCCAUUUGAAUAUAAGGGUUAUUCAAAUGCUCAGAGGAACAUUCUUCUUCAGGUGGAUCAGAACUGUGUUCGCAAUUCCUAUGAUGUCUUCUCUUUGCUGCGGCUUCAUAGAGCCCAGUGUGCAAUUAAACAGACUCAGGUAACUGUUCAGAAAAUUGGAAAGGAAAUUGAAGAAAAGCUAAGGCUCACAUCUACAAGCAAUGAACUGAGAAAACAAAGUGAGUGCUUGCAAUUAAAAAUUUUGGUGCUUCAAAAUGAACUGGAAAGACAGAAGAAAGCUUUGGGACGGGAGGUGGCAUUACUGCAUAAGCAACAAAUUGCAUUACAGGACAAAGUCUCCCUCUGUCUCUCUCUAGGAAGUGCAUUUUCAACUGAGCACCUCAAGCUUCAACUCCAGAAGGAAUCCCUGAAUGAAUUGAGGAAGGAAUGUACUGCGAAAAGAGAACUCUUUCUGAAGACUAAUGCUCAGUUGACAAUUCGUUGCAGGCAAUUACUAUCUGAGCUUUCCUACAUUUACCCUAUUGAUUUGAAUGAUCAUAAGGAUUACUUUGUAUGUGGUGUCAAGUUGCCCAAUUCUGAGGACUUCCAAGCAAAAGAUGAUGGAAGCAUUGCUGUUGCCCUGGGUUACACAGCACAUUUGGUCUCCAUGAUUUCCUUUUUCUUACAAGUGCCCCUAAGAUAUCCUAUAAUUCAUAAGGGAUCUAGAUCAACAAUCAAAGAUAAUAUCAAUGAUAAGCUGACUGAAAAGGAGAGAGAGUUUCCAUUAUAUCCAAAAGGUGGGGAGAAGUUACAAUUUGAUUAUGGUGUCUAUCUUCUGAACAAAAAUAUAGCACAGCUAAGAUAUCAGCAUGGACUAGGGACUCCAGAUUUGAGGCAAACCCUCCCUAACCUGAAAAACUUCAUGGAACAUGGACUCAUGGUCAGGUGCGACAGGCAUCACACCUCCAGUGCCAUCCCUGUUCCAAAGAGACAAAGCUCCAUAUUUGGAGGCGCCGACGUAGGCUUCUCUGGGGGGAUCCCGUCCCCAGACAAAGGACACCGAAAACGGGCCAGCUCAGAGAAUGAGAGACUCCAGUACAAAACCCCUCCUCCCAGUUACAACUCCGCGCUCGCCCAGCCCGUGCCCGCCAUCCCUUCCAUAGGAGAAUCGGAGAGAAAGACAACGUCUCUGUCCUCCUCCUUGGAUACCUCCUUGGACUUCUCCAAAGAAAACAAGAAGAAAGGCGCUGAUCUGGGAGACAGGUUAAACAGCAGUCCCGCGAGUGCGGACGCUGGCCAGGAGCAAGAAGAAGUGCUGUCCAGACACGCGGCCACUGUCAAUGGCACUCUGCUGCCCAGCGAGCAGGCCGGCUCGUCCGGCGUCCGCCUGCCAGGCCAGUUCCUCCCGGUGCCAGAGCCCGAGCUCUGCUGCGCCGUGGAGCAGGCGGAAGAGGUCAUCGGGAUGGAGGCCACAGGUUUCACCUCAGGCGAUCAGCUGGAAGCCUUUAACUGCAUCCCGGUCGAUAGUGCUGUGGCGGUGGAGUGUGACGAGCAAGUCCUGGGGGAAUUUGAAGAGUUCUCCCGAAGGAUCUAUGCACUGAAUGAAAACGUGUCCAGCUUCCGCCGGCCACGCAGGAGUUCUGAUAAGUGAAGUGAGCAGCCGGCCGGUAGGACCAGGACAGAGGCGCCGCCUGAAAGGAGGAUGAAGCCGCACGGGUUACCCCUGUGACAAUUAUGACACGAAAGGAGUAUUAAUGGAGGAUAUUCCUCAGAAAACCAGACUCUGUAAAUCAAGGAGGGACUCAGGAUCAGUGUGUAUCAGUGGGCCAGACAAAGUUAGAUUUUGCUCGCAAGAUUUGCUCUUCAGGCCUGAUGAUUGUUUUAAGGCAAAGGUCACUCUCUAGUUCGAGUCACCUUAUAGGUAUUUGUCUGCUUUUUAAUUUACACUUCUGUGUUAUCCUCAGACGGGAGAUGAUAAUAUAUAAGUAAUGUAAUAAACUCACUUUUAGUUUCUCAUAAGCAUUUGCCCGCACCAUAGUUUAUAAAGCUUGGGAAAACCAAAUAAUCCAAGAAAGGUUUUCACCAUUUGCCGAAAAAUCUUUGACCAUCCGUGAGUUUGACAGAUAAGAAGCACAAUGGUCUCCUUACACCCAGGCCUCUCUGCCCCUGCCCCCAGGCCCCCCAUCUGCUGCCCCGUCUCCACAGUGGAUGGGCUGUACACCCUGAAAACCGACUGGUUCUUGAGUGCCGUCGCCAAGACCUUGCAGCUCCUCCGCUCAGCUGUACCUUGGUGUAACGCCCAGAGGAAAACCUCAUCUCUGGUAGAUCCCAGGGGACGCUCAAGGACACCCCCCCCCCAGGGUUACAACAGUCAGAUGGCAUCCAGUCCCCUUUGGGGGCCAGAUUUUCUCUGUGGGCAGAUGCUGCAAAGACCAGGCAUGCUCUCUGGCAACGCACCCGCCAGAAAGAAAUCCCCGUAUGUAAAUUCCAUGCUAAUUUAUUAAAUUUCGGUUGGAAAGGAAGUUGCUGGAUAUGAUGUAAAAUCUGGCGAGAGUCAGGCUGUCCGAUGUGCAGACCUCAGGGCAGUCGGGACAGUUGGACGAAGAGGCUGAGAUGAGGCGUCGGUGUAUGUGCAGGUGCAUUCAUAGUAAAUUAUGUUCUUGAAGUUCGAUUUCAUUCCUGGAGCUCAGAUCUCAUUUGCUAUUGCUCUUUACUUUAUAUACCCAAGGACAUUGCCUCAGGGUUGCAAGCUCUUUAAGGAAAAUUUAUGCAUAUAUCCAUGUAUUGUAUAGAAGAAUAAAAACUGAAUUUGCUUCACUUGA